UCCCAGUUUCCCGUCGCUUCCCUUCAUCUCUCGAUGCCUCGUUGUGGCCAAAUGUGGAGUCUAGGCGCUUGGUCCCCCCGGUCUUGGCGCCAUGGCAGCAAGCUGGCAAGUGACAGCGACCCCUCCGUCCUUCCGAGUCCUGUCGCUGUCCCCGCUCAUAAACCGGGCGACGACUAUGGCGGGGAUGGGGAUUUCCCGUUUCGAUUGUCCUUCCUCUGCAUCUGGUAUAGGAAUUAUUUAAGCUUUCUUUCUUUCACCCACGUUUCUACCCUUCCCAUUUUUCUUGUUCCUCCAGCCUUCUUGCUGCCGCGGCUUGGUUGGUUUUCUGGAUCGGGGCGUCUUUGCGCCGGGCGUGCUCCCGCCGGCGAGGCCAAGUUCAAGUUCAAUCCGUUGGGCGCCUUCCGUUGCGCCUGACGGUGAUCUUAUACCCGGGCCACAUGGAUAGGCGGAGACGCGCCGUCGAAUCGGCGGCGCCGGCGGCAGUUAUGGUGCUCUUGCUGCUCUCCGCCGCUCCUCCUGGGGGAGCAAGGAGAGAUUGGGGUUGGGGUUUGCCUCCCCCCUCGUCAUCAGACGGGAUCACUGAGCCCAACACAAAACCCGAUGUCAAGAACAAUGGACAGAGUUUUGUUUUUAACUAUACUCUGGCCAAGGCUAUUGUGGAAUAUGCUUCAGCUGUAUAUAUGACAGACCUAACGGCUCUAUAUACAUGGACAUGCUCAAGAUGCAACGACUUGACUCGAGGCUUUAAGAUGACAUGUAUAAUUGUUGAUGUCCAGAAUUGCCUGCAGGCAUUCGUCGGUGUCGAUCACAAACUCAAUGCUAUCAUUGUUGCGAUAAGGGGAACUCAAGAGAACAGCAUACAGAAUUGGAUUAAGGACAUGAUAUGGAAGCAGGUUAAUCUCAAUUAUCCAAACAUGCCCAAUGCUAAGGUCCACACCGGGUUUUACUCUUCUUACAAUAAUACACUUUUACGUCCAGCCAUCACGAAUGCGGUUCGCAAGGCAAGGAAGUUACAUGGAGCUAGUGACAUAAUUGUAACAGGGCACUCGAUGGGAGGAGCAAUCGCUUCUUUUUGUGCGCUUGAUCUUGCUAUCCGCUUUGGAAGUAACAAUGUUCAUCUGAUGACCUUUGGGCAGCCGCGUGUUGGCAAUGCUGCUUUUGCCUCCUACUUUGCCAAAUAUGUGCCAAACACAAUCAGAAUUACACAUGAACGUGAUAUUGUGCCUCAUUUGCCCCCUUAUUUCUUCUUCCUCCCACAACUGACGUACCGGCACUUCCCUAGAGAGGUGUGGGAACAUGAAGUUAAUGGCAAUACAACCUUUCAAGUCUGCGAUGGCAGUGGUGAAGAUCCAAACUGUUGUAGGAGUGUGCUUGUGCUGUUUUGUAGCGCUUCUGAUCAUUUGACCUACAUGGGAGUUAAGAUAGUAGCUGACGACUGGAGCACCUGCAGAAUCGUCCUGGGGCGAAGCGCUGAGCAACUCCAAAUGAAUCUUGCCAGCAACAUUUUUACGUCUGGGCGCUCCAUUGACGUUGUCAUUGCAGAUGAUAGCGUGCAGGUUGAUUGAUGCAGUUCAGGCUAGUCAUGUAUAUAUAUAUAAGCUGUUGCGUUUUUCAGAGCAAAGGAAAUAUUCGUUCCAUUUUGCUCUGUGGUUCUCAUGUAUAGCUAAUAGCUUGUGAAUGUAAGCCCUGUACAGAAAACUGAAUGCCUGAAUUUCUGCAAGUGUACUGUAUGCUGUGCCUGAGAUGUGAAUGCCAACACCUGUCUGUCAUUUAACUUUUUAA